UGGGUCUUUCUACAGGAGAAGGGACACACGACCGCGUACAAGUCAUUCGCAGAAAAUGUGUGAUAGGCCGACCACAGAGGGCAUUGACGUGCUCGUCAAAACGAAGACAGGAACGUGUCGCGGGGCUGCAACUAAUUCUAACGUCUUCAUCCGCCUUUAUGACGACAAAGGCCACAAGUCCCGAGCAUGUCAGCUGGACGUGUGGUGGUGGAACGACUUUGAAAGAGGAAGUGAUGGAGAGUACAAGUUGGAUGAUGUGAAAGUGACGUCUCCGAUUCGGCAGCUGGAGCUGUGGCGGGAUGACUCCCACCCUAAUGAUGACUGGUACUGUGACUCCAUCUCUGUCCAACUCCAGCCAGACAACAACGGUCCUACAUACGACUUCCCUGUUCAUCGUUGGAUGAAGCAAAACGAUCACGUGUGGUUGAUACCUGGUGACUGUGAGCUUCCUCAGGACGAUCUGCAUCCCCAGGACCGCGCGGAGGAGAUGACCAUCAUGAGAGAACGUUUUGCGUCAGUAACUCCAGCUCCCGGGCUGCUGCCUUGGGUGAAAACUUUGCCUGCAGAGGAAGAGUUCACAGAACAACGACUGGUAUGUGUAUUUAAACAAUGUGUUUUUCAUAUACUUUUGGAGUUACGGCCGACAUGUUGGAACCACAACUGGAAAGCCCUCACGCUUGAAAAGGCGCUGGAAACAAAGCGUCUGUACAUCGUGGAUCACACGGUCAUGAGUAUUGCUGCGUUCAUGAACCAGGACAGGCCUAUGUGUGCACCAUACGGUCUGUUCUAUGUCAACAACAAGAAAGACCUGGUACCUGUAGCCAUUCAACUGUACCCUAACGAUGAAGAGCAGCACCACCCGGUUUUCCUGCCAAGCGACCCUGCCUACACCUGGCUGUAUGCCAAGAUGUGGUUCAACUGCGCCGAUGGAAACUACCACCAGGCUGUACCUCACCUCGGUUUUACCCACCUCGUGGCGGAGGCUUGCGCUCUAGCAGCAAAGACCACACUUUCCCGAUCGCACCCAGUCCAGCGACUUUUGGAGCCGCACUUUUACAACCUAUUCGCCAUCAACUCACAUGGAAGGGAAAAUCUCAUCAACGAGGGUGGGAUUUUUACCCGAACCACCAUGACCGGCCCGAACGGUACAUUGAAGCUUAUCAAAAACAGGCUACAGACAUGGCGGAUGGACGUGGACGGAACUCUUCCCGAGGACUUAAAGAACCGAGGCGUAGAUGAUGUGGAGGCCCUUCCAAAGUACUACUACAGGGACGACGCGAUGCCAACAUACAACGCCAUUAAAGAAUACGUCACAGGAAUAGUUAAGAUAUUCUAUGGCAACUCUGACGAUGCCACAAAGCUGCACGGGGACUACGAGAUCCAGGAAUUUGCGAAGGCUCUUGUUUCUACCGAGGAUGGGAAAACCGCGAUUAAGGGCAUUCCUGGAAACGGGAAGUUCUCGACCCUUGAUGAGCUGAUCCAGACCCUGACCUGUAUCGUCUUCAUCAGUAGUGUCCAGCACGCAGCUGUCAACUUUGGGAACCUUGACCAGUUCGGCUUCGUACCCAACAUGCCACUCAUGCUGUUCAAGGACCCACCUAAAACUAAGGAUCCAAUGACGGAGCAGGAUGUACUAGAUGCACUUCCGUCCAAGGAACAGGCCGUUGUACUAAACGGUGUCGUGAGUGUCAUGAGCGAACGUGCGACACAGCCUCUGGGAGACUUUGAGGUUGAGUACCUCCGGGGAGAUGAAGUCGACCAAGUCAUCUUAAAGUUUCAACAAGAGCUGGCCUGCAUCUCAAGCAUCAUCAAGUAUAAAAACAGGAAGCACCGUUUCCAGCCGUACGAUUAUCUGGACCCCCAAAACAUCCCCAACGCCAUCAGUAUCUAG